AUGAUUGACAAACUGGAGCGACACACGGAAACCAUUAACAAAAGACACUGCCGUAGCUUUGACUACCUUGAGUCAUUGGACGACCCACAGCCCUUUUCUGCCUCAAUGGAGUAUCCUUACAAGAGGACUGAGCAUCAGAGGGUGCAUAAAGAGGUGACCUGGAAUGGCCUGGAUCAUCCAGGACACCUCCGUUUCUCGUCCCCUGAUCUGUUCAACACUAGACUACACCCACCACAGCAUGCCAACCCAGACAAAACCAGUCAGGCCACGAGGUCAGAUUCAAAGAAGAGGACAAGAUCAAAAAGUGCUCCCAGAGUCAAGACCACCCUUACCCCUGUGCCUAUGUCAGUCUCCCCACCGGUAACCAGGAGAGGACGAGAUGUUCCACAGGCUGUACCAGACCCCCCGCUAAGGACAUCUGAACCACACCGGGACUCUUACUCCUCUAACCAAGCUUUUUCGAACGAAGUACACCCUAUAAAACUGCAACCACACUCUCCCCUCUACGUCUCAGACUGUUUCUCUGAGGAGAGCAAACAGGAUGAGCCAGCCAUCACUCCUCAUGUCAGGUGUCGUGUGGAUAUCAAGCCAGAUGCAGCGGUCCUGCAGCACACAGCCAGGAGGUCUCAGAGCAUGAGGACUGAACAUCCCUGGCAGAGAUACUCCUACUUCAGUCAGAGCAGAGGUCUGUCUGUGCCACGGCAGGUACGGACACCCACACCAAACGACUGUUACAGUGGCGAUUAUAGACAAACAUAUCAGUACACUACCUGCGGGCCCCCCAGCUACAUCCAGCCAGUAGACAUGCGAAGGGUGCCCUCCACUAUAAUGCCAAGGGAAUACUUGUCAAGGGAGCAGAGGACUCUUUCAAACCCCAAUAUACCCACUAAAUUCUUCUACACUGAGGAUCCGACCAGAUACCCUGUCCACCUCUCUGCUAGAGCGUACUAUCAGGAUGAUAAUUCAAGCCUCACCAGCCAAGGCAGUACUCUUAAUGGUCAGUAUAUGCAUGAUCCACGGACUCGCUGGGUUCACACUGACCCAGUCCGGCCAUAUUACACAGAGCAACACAUGUCCAGCAGAGACCCUGUGCAGGCUGUCUAUACCAGGCCUUACUCCACAAGCGAGGUAGGGCCAUACUUUGCUCAAACACAACAGGCAAGAGCAUACUAUGGGGAAGAACCCAGGGGCUAUCCCUGUCAGUCUAAUGGCUCCAGGAUGUUAUACAGCAAGCCGUGCAACCCCCCAGCAGAACAGUAUAUUCCUUACAGGGCGUAUCACACGGAGGGCCGUCGACGUACACAAAUGUCCCAGGCCUAUGCAGAUGACUGGUAUCGUUCAAGUAUAUCUGGAUACUCCAACCAGUCCUCUCAGCUGACACCACAGAGAGUAAGACAAGAGCCAGUAAUGUCCCCCUGGUUUGAAAACAGUCAUGUGGAGCCAACCAGCCUGGGAGCAGAAGUCAGAAAACACUCAAAGUCCUGGGACAAUAUUCUUUAUCCUCGUCAUGACAGGGAGCAAGCAGUGCCGUGUGGACGCAGCUAUGAUAAUCUGUUGUACCAGGGCAGACAUGCUCUGUUUCCUAAUGAUACACCAAAGCCAGUUAUACUCAAUCUAUCUAGUUCACCAAGGCGCUAUGCUGCCCUGUCCCUCUCUGAAAACUCCUUAGAGAAAGGUCCAAACAAUCCUGGAAGGAACACUAAGGCUGGGCUAUGGUUUGUAACUCCUGAGAUCACGAUAACCGACAAUGACAUACGCGCACGCAACCACAAACAGCAAGAUUCAGCGGAACUGACCAAAGACAGACAACACAAAGAUUAUUCCCUGCAGCAGAGCCUAGAGCAACUGGACGAGCUGCUAGCUGAUCUUGUCACUGAUUACAAACCCUCAACCAGCAGGCGGCCUAGUCAGGAUCUAAUGGACCAACUAAAACAGUUGAUUAGCCUAGAGAGUCUAGGAGGCCUAGAGAGUCUAGGAACUCUGAGCUCACCAAUCGCCUCCACUAAAACCAGCCCUGACACCAUCAAAGACCCAGACAGUGGGUGUGAUGGCUUACAGAGCAUACAAAGGAGUCCAGAGGAGAUCUCCCCAGACCACAGCACAGACGACGAUGACACCAUGAUGUGUGCCAACAAGAAGUGCAAGCGGACAGAGACCCUGUUCAAUGCCUGUCUUUACUUCAAAUCCUGUCAUAGUUGCUACACCUUCUACUGCUCCCGGAACUGCCGUCGGGAUGACUGGGACAGCCAUAAAGAGAACUGUCUAUAUGGGCGUAUCAGUAGUGUGUGCAGGCACAUGCUGAAGUACUGCAGAGAGAACUCUGAGAUCCAUAAAGCCUUCUCUCGCAUUGCCAAAGCUGGCUACCUUUCCAGAGGGAGAGGCAUUCUUUUCCUGGGCUUUGCUAACCCAGGGACUGCUGACAACUUCCUGAAGGAUGGCCUUGAGAGCCUUGUCAUGUCCCCCACAUAUCUGUCUCUAAGAGAGCUGGACAGCUUCAAAGACAACCUGGGGGAUUACUGUAAGGACCUGCAGCAGGCUGGCAAUGAGUAUGACCCCAAUGAAUGUUUUCUCUUGAAUGUAUCCAUAGCUGUUGGUGAACUAGUGCCUAACAGACCCUCACCAAGAGUCCAAACACCAACAGUCCGAAAACAUGCAAAGAUUUCGUUGGCCUCCUCCAGCCCAGAUAAAAAGGUCUUCAGGAAGGAAAGUGACAUGGAGACACUCAUUCUCACCCCGCCACCAGGCACACCUGAUAUUGACAAAGAGGGAAAGGAGGGUAUGAAAGCCAGAGAGAUCUGCUUUAUCAAUAUCCAACGUGAGCUCAGGACCAGGGGAGUCUUCCUGCGUCAUGAGUAUCCCAAAAUAUACCGUCAACUCUGUGAAUUUGUGGAGAGCAACAAGAGAUUCACGCCCACUACCAUUUACCCCAUAGAUAAGAGAACAGGGAAGCAGUUCAUGUGUAUGAUCAUGGCUGCUUCUGAGCCCAGAACGCUAGACUGGGUGGGCACCCCCCAUCUCCUGGAUGAUAUUAUAUAG